CACAUAAGGAAGUAAUAGUACAUACAUGGUUGUUGUGAAUUGUUCAGCGUCGCCAUUUCAGAAUGUCAAGUUUCACAAACACAGCAGCCGCAUUGCCAUGAACUUACGUGCUUUGAUCUUCCACAAACAGCUUUACUGAGUGCCAGUGUAUGAUACAUGGACCAGCCCAUCUGCCUUCUGCCCACUUUUGUUUCUGAUGACUGUCUGGAGUCUUGGCAGCUGAUUGGCUCUGGUGGAUUUGGACAAAUCCAUAGGGCAAAACAUAAAAAAUGGGGGAUGGAUGUUGCCAUAAAAUUAUUACAUUAUAAUGAUGGCACCGAGGAUCUCCUCCGAGAGGCAGAAUUGAUGCAUCAGGGUGGGAACCCCAAUGUGUUGAGAAUUCUAGGUGUUUACAAAACCCAAGGUCAAGCAGACGUUUCUGCUAUUCAAGUGGGUUUAGUAAUGGAAUACAUGGAGAGAGGAUCUCUGGCAGACCUCCAGAAGGCUUUGAAUGGACCGCCACCCUGGCCGCUUACCUUCCGUAUUAUUAACCAGAUUGCCCUGGGAAUGAACUUCCUUCACCAGUUGAAUCCACCUAUUCUGCAUCUGGACCUUAAACCCAGCAAUGUGCUACUUGAUGACAGUCUCAAUGCCAAGCUCACAGAUUUUGGUCUGGCAAAAAUAGCCAAAAGUAGUUCCAAAGUAAUUGAAGAUAAAGAUGAGGAGGCUGCUGGGACCACAAGCUACAUGCCCCCAGAGGCAUUUGGGUCAUCACGAUAUGUUCCUAACUUUUCCACUGAUGUUUACAGCUACGGCAUACUGUUGUGGUCAGUUAUCGCUGGAAAGCAGCCAUACGAUUUUAACAUCUCCAGUUUGUUGCGGUUUCGUAUCCGUGAAGGUGACAGGCCUAAUCUGACAUCUCUAGACAGCAGCCAAGCAGAUGGACUCAGCAAUGUAAUUGAUCUGAUGAAGUGCUGUUGGGACUCCGAUCCCAAAAUAAGGCCUAAAUUCAUUGAUUGUAUCGAGGUCACAAAAAAUGUGUAUGAUUUGCACCGACAACACGUUCCUGAUGCUGUCCACACCAUUCUGAAACAGCUGGACAACAAAGAGAAAAGCUGUUCAAGUUCUGCACCACUCAGUAGGAAACCUCAGACAUUGAAAGAAGGAUUGAAACAACAUAAGGAGCCUACUAAGAAGACUCUGGCAACUCCUACACAGGAAAUUGGUCCCAUCCCUGCACCAAACAGAGCAGGAAUGUAUUGCAGUUCAGCUCCAAGAGCUCCACUCCCUAUGAAUAUGCAGCGGCAAUUUUCAAGUCCAAGUUCUGUGAACAUGUGCUUAUCCAAUGUCUCAGCAGUACAGAUUGGCAACAACAACUACAUGAACGUGACUAUACAAAAAGGGAGACAGCGUCAGAGACACCCAACAGCACCCCCAGCUACACGCCAGCCUUCCAAACAUCAAAAUCAGAAUCCCCCCAAUAUCAAACCUUAAGAUUGUCUGUUGGGUUUUAAUUUUGGCUUUCUUAUCCAGUAUUUUAGUAUAUAACACAGAGUUUGAAGCUCAGUAGGAUCUAGAAGCCCUUUAUAGGGCCAGUUGCAAUGGUUCUCAAAUACUUAUACCUAUUGCUUGUUUUCGGGUUUAUUUUUACUUUGGUCUGUGUGGUUUAUAUGAAAGGCGGAUGUAUGGAUGUUGCAAUAUUCCUUGUUCCAUGUCUCUGUUUUAUGUUUCCUGGUUUAUAUUUCCAUAAAACCUAAACCUUCUUAUACAAAGUUUCAGUGUGUGGUGCCAUGUAAUAGAUUGGCAUCCCAUCCAGAAUGUGUUCCCGCCUAUUGCUUUGCCUUGUGAUCAGCUAUGGGUUCACAACUACAAAGACAUUUUUAUUCGACUAUGAUGCUGCUAUGGCACUGUGCAAAUUGCUGCUUUUGUGUUUUUUUUAUUUUUAUUUAUCAGAAUAAACAAAAAUGCAGCUUUUCAUUUUGCCAAGAAAUAAAAAAAAACAAACUCCUCU